CAAUGAAAUGGCAUUAUUGAUAGCAGCCGAGGAGGAUGUACAACAGUCCAGGCAAAGCCUCAGAAGAAGAGCACGAAAGAUUUGCCCGUCAAAAGGCCCUACUCAAGAAGAAGAACAGGAAUUAAAAAUAUUGAGCAAAAGCAAUGUCAGAAAGAUGUACGAAUUAGAUGAUUUCAAGCGAGAUUUUGAUACAAAGCCUUUUGUUGCUACUGAGAUGGUGGAUUUGAGUUUUGAGAGGAUUGUAGACAACAUUCGCAGGAGGCAGCAGGCUCUCCAGAAUCUCCGCAGGGAAAUCUAUGAGGAUUCUGUACUCAGAGUGGCAGGAUACUACAGGAAGGCCACAGAGCAAAAGAACGCUGAUGUAGCAACAGAAGUAGUUAAAUCAUCCCUGACUGCCAAAUCUAAGCGAGCAUCUAAAACUGAUGUGGAAAAAUCCAAUUAUCAACCAAAGAUUACCUUAGUGAAGUCUACACUUACAUCAGAGACAAACAUGGGAAAGUCGAGUCAUGUGUCACAGACUGUCACUGUGGGAAAGUCCCAUCAUACACCCAGCAGUACAAGUGAAAGUGAUAUGGAGGGGGACGAGUCUUAUGCUGCAGUUCAAGAGCGUUAUCGGGCAGAAAAACUCAGACUAGAAAAGAAUUUAGAAAUAUUUAAAAAACAGCUACAAGAGUUCAUUGACUCUCGAACAAGCUCGACUGAGGUUCAUGAAGUUGCUGUCAAGUCGAAGAAGAGACGUCACACUGGUGCCAAAAAAUCUGAAACAAAAACAGCCAAGACCAAAGCCAAAGUCAAAACUAUCAAAGUGGCCAAAUCAGACGCGAAAAUAGCUAAAGCCAAAGUUGUAAAAGCAGCUGAAUCCGAUUCCAAAAUGAUCAAGUCUGAGGCAAAAGCAGAUAAAGCCAGAGUCAAAACUGUGAAAGGGGCCAAAUCAGAUGCCAACAUGGCCAAAGUUGAUGUCGGAGCUGCCAAACUGGUCAAAAUAGCCAAAUCAGAUGUGAUUACUGUAAAAACUGCAGAACCAGACUUGAUUACUGUAAAAACUGCAGAUCUAGAUGUGAAGGAUGAUGAGCAGAAGAGAGAAUCUCAGGUUGUGGAUGGAGGCUGGACAAAAAGGAAACCCUUCCGUCUUUCAAUGGCAGAAAUCCAAGCUUACGUUGAUUCCUGCGAUCCUGAGCGGGCAGGAAAACGAAGACGAAAGAAAAGGAAGAAGGGGGGCAAUAGAAGCAGCGUUACAGAACUUCCACUGAGAGAGGAGGACAGUGACAUCAUCAUCAUGGACAAAGUCCAGGGACUUGGGGUGCUGCCAAAACUCAACCCAAUGCCUGUUUACACCGACAAUUUUCAAGCAAGUUGUGUGUUAACCCAUCUAUUUUCAAGCAGAGACAACUUUGAUGAAGAUUUUGAGGAAGACUACAUUAUACCAACAUAUGAAAGCGAACAAAAGUUUUAAAUUCUAUAUAAUUUCAAUUUUAAAAAGUCAUACUUGGCAACUCUCAUUUUUUUCGAUUAUUUUUUUUCGGCAUUAAUUGUUACUGUUCAG